AUUCACAAGUGAGUGACAGAAGAACGCAUCGUUUCAUAAACUGAGUCGGUUCAGUUCGUUCACACAAAAGUUUCGUUCAUCUGAACGAAACAACACGAGCGACGAGGGACGUUUGACCCAAACGUACUGUAGAUUCGAGGCAGGACAUAUAAAAGAAUCAUUCGUUGAAUCUUCGCGUCCGGUUGCACGUCGAAGCUCCUCGACCUAGCUUAUUUUAGCUUAGCUUAGCUAAAGCUUGGCUUUGCUAGCAAAGAGCCUCGUUUGUGAUCGCCACAUGGCCAAGCAGAGAUCAAGUGUGAGCGUAAAGUCCCGUGACUAUCGUGUGCAAAUGUGUGCGAGAAGCACAGCCGAGUACGAGGAGACCCUUUGUGCGGGAAAAGACGAGAACCAGCCGCACUUUCAACAACUGGACCCUCGAGUCGGGUCACACGGGGCAGAUGACAGUGAAGAUCUUCGUCCCGAGUGGCAGGAGCAAGAGCCCCCUCACAUUGCAAAGGAAGAGGAUGAUGAAGAGGACCUGCAGUCCCCUCACAUUCAAAAACAGGGGGAGGAAAAGCACCUCCACAUCAAGGAAGAAGGGCAGGAGGAGGCUAUCACCAGGUUGCCAUGGACUGUUGUCCUUUUGAAGAGUGAAGAUGACGAUGGUCCAAGUGAGGAGAACAGAGGGGCAGAGCCUCCAAGUAGCAGCAGCUCAAGUCAACACAUGAGAACAGAAGGUGCUGGAGAACACGCUGGAGGAUCACGAGCAGAUGGCCUCUUAGCUCCACAGUCAGAUAGUGAUGACACAACGUCACACUCUUCGGACUAUCAUGAUGAUGAUGAUGAUGAACAGUCUGAAAGUCAUCAGGCAGGUUAUACUGACAAGAAAGACUGGAAAGGUUCUCAGUGUGGGAAAGCUAUUGUUUAUCAGCACAAUUUGAAAGAUCACAUGAGAACACACUCUGGAGAGAAGCCUUUUGCCUGCUUAGUUUGUGGUCAAAGGUUCUGUCGGAAGGGACAUUUGACAUCACACACAAGAACACACACUGGUGAGAAACCCUUUCUCUGCUCAGUGUGCGGUCAAAGAUUCACUCAAAAGGGACAUUUGGCAUCACACACAAGAACACACACUGGUGAGAAACCUUUUGCCUGCUCAGUUUGUGGUCAAACGUUCUCUGACAAUGGACACUUAAGAAGACACAUCAGGACACAUACUGGGGAGAAACCUUUUGCCUGCUCAAUUUGUGGUAAAAGAUUGUCUCGAAAGAGACAUUUGGCAUCACACACAAGAACACACACUGGUGAGAAACCUUUCGCCUGCUCAGUUUGUGGUCUAACAUUCUGUGAGAAUGGAAGCUUAAGAAGACACACACGAACACACACUGGGGAGAAACCGUUUGCCUGCGCAGUUUGUAGCAAAAGAUUCUCUCGAAAGGGAGCAUUAAAAAUACACACAAGAAACCAUACUGGAGAGAAACCUUUUGUCUGCUCAGUUUGUGGCAAAGGAUUCACUCAGAAGGGACACUUAAAAAUACACACAAGAAAACACACGGGGGGAAAAACCAUUUGAGCAUAUGAAUAUACAUGAUGUUUAAUCUUGAAACUAAUGACUUGAAAUCUACAUUCUUGUGUUCUAUGUAUCUUUUUAAAGGCUACCUAUGGACAAGUGUGGAGAAUUACCAUUCGUGCUAAAACAAUUGAAGCGAUACAACUGCUUUGUCCAAUGUCUUGUGAUGUGCAUUUCUAAUAAGCAAACAAUUGAUUGAAAUAGAUGGAAAAUUGCAUAUCUGACCCCGAAUAAAAUGGACAUACAUUUUGUAAUGUAAUGUAUUACAUUACUAUAUCACAUUGUACAGUUUCUCAUCUACACAUUCAAAGUGAAAAAACAGAAUAGUUACAAAAAAGAAAAUGAAUUAAA